CCAGGCCACGGGUGCGGAGGGCGGCGCCGCGGGGCGGGGGCCGAUGGGGCCUAGAGGACGCGCGGCGGUGGUGCGGGGCUCUGCUGGACGCGGCGCUGCGGGGCUGUGAGGGGGCCAGGCCGGUACUGCGGCCCGCCCGGGAUGGGCCAGCCCCGGCCUGGCGGGGCCGAGCCGGAGGGGAGGGCGGCGCGCGGGCCAGGCCUGCUGGGCUGGCGGCCCGGAGGCUGAGGUGCAAGUGGGCGCGGAGGAAGGGGCCGAGCCAAGGCAGUGGGUGGAGCGGCGAGGGGGGCGGAGGCUGGGCCGCGGCAGGCGAGCGGAGCGGCGCUCCUGUCCGGACCUCGGCGGCGGCUGCGGCGCUUGAGGAGGCUGAGGCGGCGGCGGGCCCGGACGAACGCCCGGAGGUGGCGGACGAGGCUCCGGGGGACCCCAUGGGCGGGUGUGUGGGCGCCCAGCACGAUUCCUCGGGCAGCCUCAACGAGAACUCGGAGGGCACCGGAGUUGCUUUAGGUCGUAACCAGCCAUUGAAAAAGGAGAAACCCAAAUGGAAAAGCGAUUAUCCCAUGACAGAUGGACAACUGCGCAGCAAGAGGGAUGAAUUUUGGGAUACCGCACCAGCUUUUGAAGGCCGUAAAGAGAUUUGGGAUGCCUUGAAGGCUGCAGCACAUGCUUUUGAGAGCAACGAUCAUGAACUGGCACAAGCAAUCAUUGAUGGUGCAAACAUAACAUUACCACAUGGUGCACUUACAGAGUGCUAUGAUGAACUGGGAAACAGAUAUCAGCUUCCAGUCUAUUGCUUGGCACCGCCGAUCAACAUGAUCGAGGAAAAGAGUGACAUAGAGACUCUGGAUAUUCCUGAGCCACCACCUAAUUCUGGAUAUGAAUGUCAACUCCGUUUGCGCCUUUCCACAGGCAAAGACCUCAAACUUGUGGUCCGCAGCACAGACACAGUAUACCACAUGAAGAGGCGGCUACACGCAGCAGAAGGAGUGGAACCAAGUAGUCAGCGAUGGUUCUUUUCUGGCAGACCUCUCACCGACAAAAUGAAGUUGGAAGAGCUGAAGAUCCCAAAGGACUAUGUCGUACAGGUUAUAAUAAGCCAGCUGUUGCAAAACCCAACGCCAGUAGAGAACUGAACUGGUCCUAUUAGCUCUUCCCCGAACCCUCCUGCUCCUUUUUAUUGUUGUCAUUUCCUCCUCUAUGGUGUGAAAUCUAUUUUCACUGCUCUGAAUUCCGUAUGAAUGGAUUUAGUUCUGAGGAAUUACCAGUGAAAAAUUCCAUCUGUGAUGGAGACCAACAAAAACAAUAAAACAAAGAGCCAGCCACC